AUGAGGAACCCGCGGCCCGAACCGGAGCCGCUGCUGCACCACGGCUACUGCGGCGAGCCGACCGCGCCGCCGGCCGCUCCCCGGCCAGCGGCGGCGCUCGGCCGGCCCGACGAGUACACAGCUGAACAGGCGGACGUCAAGCCGCCCUUCUCGUACGCCCAGCUGAUCGUGCAGGCGGUGACGUCAUCGCGGGAUCGGCAGAUGUCGCUGAGCGGCAUCUACUCGUUCAUCACGCGCACCUACCCGUACUACCGCACCGCCGACAAGGGCUGGCAGAACUCGAUCCGACACAACCUGUCGCUGAAUCGCUACUUCGUCAAGGUGCCACGCAGCCAGGAGGACCCGGGCAAGGGCAGCUUCUGGCGCAUCGAGCCGCUCUCGGAGGCCAAGCUGGCCGAGCAGGCCUUCCGGCGGCGGCGGCAGCGUGGCGUGCACAGCGUCGGCACCAGGUCUCCCGGACCCCAGUGUGACGUCAUUGAUACCAGCCGGUGACGUUUCGCUCUCGCCGUGCGACAUCACAUUCCUACCGGAGACCUGAGAGAGG